AUGAGUUUGUCACUGGUUGCUUAUGAUGAUUCAGACUCUGAGGCAGAACCUGAAAAGACUGAAGUCCCCAGUACUUCCAGCAGACAAACAAGCCUUCUGAGUUCUUCUGUGGAUCCUGUUCAGUACUUUACACCUGGUAGUUUGGGUACAAAAUCUACAUAUGAAAUUCAGCCUACUGAGAACGCUGACAGUUUUGGCACAAGGACUGUUUGUGAAGAUCCCUCUGAGCGUUAUGCACAGAAUAAUAACAAUGAUUUGACAUCACCUUAUUGUAGGAAAGCAUACUCUGGCCAUACUGCAUUAUGUACAUCCUACAAAAACUAUGAACAGGCAUCAAGCUCUUCAACAAACUCUGGAAAUGGCAUUUCCCAGAAAAGAAUACAUAAAGACAGUACUACUGCCAUAAAAGGAAUUAGACCAUAUAUCCCUAAAAGAUUGCGUAAAGAAAAUUCCAGUAUGCCUGAAAAAAAAGAAUCAGAUCAGAGAGAGAGCUCUGAUUGCUCUCCUGAUAUGCCUAGCUUAACUUCACAAACUUCGAGAAAGAUCUCUGAAUUAAUUAAGCCAUAUUUGGGAUCAAAAUAUAAGUUAACUGAAGUCCCCAAAAACUUAAUAUUUUACAUGCCUCAACACAGCGGCCCUGUCAAUGAAAUCCAGUGGUGUCCUGUACGAGAACAAAGUCACAUGCUUCUCUCAGCUUCUAUGGACAAAACAGUCAAGGUAAUGUAA